AAUUAAUCUUAAAAUAUUAAUUGAAUACAACACACCUGUGAUAUUAAACGUAAAAUAAUUUACAUUUUUACAAUAAUUUCUUCCAGUGUGUGUUUAUAAAAUAUAAAAACAAAAAAUUUUAAGUACAAAAUUUGGGAUUUCGAAAAAUAAUAAUAAAGAAAUUGAAUUAAAUAAUAAAAAUAAAAUUGAAUUGACGUUUUGUUUGUGUAUUGACUGAAUCAUCGAUCUAAAUUUAUCGAUAUUUACUCGUCUUCAAUUCUUGUGGAAAUACAAAGUGUUCUUUUUGCUGCUGUUUUCACUUCAAAUUAAUUCGAUUUUUUUAUAUUUGUUUUUUGUUUGUGUUGUGGUUGGUGUUUUUUCUUGUUUUAAAAUUCAUAAAUUUCUUUGGAUAAAAUUAAAAAUGACCAAAGAACAAACAACCGUCAUACCUGAAGAACUAUACAAUUUAACACAAUUAGCUGAAGUCGCAGCAGAGCGUUUGAGUACAACGGAUAAAAGUGAAGGCAACGAUUUCGUUGCCGAACAUUUGAACAUUGUGGAAAGAUCAAUGGAACAUACGAUAAAUAAGAAUCACAAUGUGUUAAAUAAAAUUGAAAAACCAGAUGUACUAACGAAAGACAUGAGAUCUCUUGAGCAACAGCAGCUACAAUAUAAUCAACAACAACAAGUGCAAGAACAACAAAUUACAAUCGAUUCAUCCAUAACAUUAACAAAAUUGAGUUGUAAUGUAAAAUCAAUACAAAAGACAGAAAACAGAUCACAUAUAACUACAUUUGAUAAUUAUCAUCGUCGUCAUCAUCAUCAUACUCCUCAUCACAACUAUCAGGACCAGCUACAUCCUCCUCAUCAUUUAACGCAUCAUCAACAUUACAAUACAAAUGCUGUGGGAACGUUUUACUCAUCCUCAGAUGAUGAUUCCAAUUAUUACAGUCACAAGGUAUUCGAUCGUAAAAAAUUACGACGUUCUACUAUUUCGGAUAACUCACGCUAUGACGAACAUUCAUCAUGUAGUAGCGCACCGGGUGGCAGUAGCAGCAGCAGUAGUGGCAGUACCAGUGGUGAUGAGCAACAUUAUACACAAAUGCAUCAUGACACAAGUGAGAGAGGUAGCACAGAAAUCGGUGGCCUUAAGCAAAUGCAUAUUGAUUCAUCAACUGGCUCCAGUUUAAAUCUUUUGGAUGAUGAACAUAUUUGCCCAGAAUGUGGUAAAAAGUAUUCUACAUCAUCUAAUUUGGCUAGACAUCGACAAACCCACAGUUUCUCCAAUUUUAGGUCGAUUAUGGAUAAAAAAGCCAGACACUGUCCGUUUUGUGAGAAAGUCUAUGUUUCAAUGCCGGCCUAUUCCAUGCAUGUACGAACCCACAAUCAGGGUUGUGAAUGUCAGUAUUGUGGUAAAAAGUUUUCACGACCAUGGCUUUUGCAAGGUCAUAUACGGACACAUACAGGCGAAAAACCCUUCAAAUGUAACGUCUGCACUAAAGCAUUUGCGGAUAAGUCUAAUCUUCGGGCUCACAUUCAGACCCAUUCGAAUACGAAGCCUCACACUUGCAAACGAUGUGGUAAAGCAUUUGCUUUAAAAUCAUAUCUAUAUAAACACGAAGAAUCUUCAUGUAUGAAAAAUCAUCACAAAAGUAGUGAAAAAGAAUCACGACCCAAUCGGUCCGCAUCGCAGACAGUACAAAUGACAACUCCAAAAAGUACAAUAUCACAUUAUGUGACUAAUGAAAACAAUUUGACAACAGUUUCACAAGUAGCUGGUCCUGAAUCGGCCAAAACAACAUUGGCUACAAAACUGUUACAAAAAGAAAAGGAUCGACGACAGGCAGCCUUACAAUAUACCAAUUUACCACAUGCAUUGAUGAACAACAAUCCUAGUCUACAGAUUAUAACAGUCAGCACAGAUUCACCAUUAGUAGAUGGUACAAAUUUAAAAUCUUAUACAAUGCUAACAAGUCCCAUGGCUCAGGAGGAGUAUGAACACUAUAAACGUAUCAGUGUUAUACAAACACCAGCGAUAACACAGUCAACUCCAGCCACACAACUACCAGGUCCCAAUCAUCAAGUCUGCCCCGAAAUGCAUACCUAUUCAACUGCCAAUUUAACCGUUACACCUGCUUUAGCUCCCAACCAUAUGCAAGUUCAAUUCUAUAAUACCGUUAAGACGGUAAAUGAUCAUGAACAAAUCCAGGAACAGCCUGUAGAUUUUUCGCCCAAAAAUAAUUUUACCCAUUCGGCUAAGACUAGUCCAUUUGAAUUGACUGGUAAUUAUGCUAUAAUGGCUUGAUAGAAAGUGGAAUUCUUAUUUAUUUUAAUUUAUGACUCCAUUGAAAAGCACUUCAAUUCUCCAUAAUUAAAAAAAGACAAUAAAUCUGUGAGUUUUUAAUGUAUCGCGAAUCUCAAAAAAGAAAAUACUUUUUUUCUAAGAAACCCAUAAUUUGGACUUGAUUUUAUUUAAAUUGUUGUUGUUUUUUUUAACAAAAUAAGUACUUAUUUUAA